AUGGGCAAUUCACAAAAAAAUGAUUAGAAAUUAAUCUCUACAGUUUGGUUAGGUGUAAAUGUAACAAGUAAAUCUUAAGUUAGGAUGAGUGGUCAUCGUUAAUGAAAGAAAAAUUAUCUCGUCUUUCUGAAGAAUGGAUUGUUCCUUCAAUCAAAUGUUUAGAUAGAUUUUCUUAAAAAGAACACAAAAAAUUCAGAAAUUAAGUUAAACUAAUUUGUAUCUUUUGUUUAUUAUUGAAUAGUAAAAAAGAAAAUCAGAGAAGAUCAAUAUGAAGAAUUAUUCAAAAGAAGUUAAGUAUUUUUGUAAAUUCAUUUCAAUUAAUUAUGA